AUGCCCCUAGGAUGUAAUCUCAUGGGUUGGCGAGGCUCUGGCGGUGGCGGCGCUGCUAUCAUUGGGCUGUUCUUUUUCUUUGGCGGCAUGCCCCAAGUUCUAGGCUGUGUGCUAGAGUUCAUCAUUGGCAAUACCUUUCCCUUCGUCGUUUUCGCAUGUUAUGGUGCUUUCUGGCUGGCAAUGGGCGCUACGCUUCAGCCCGAUUUCAAUGCGCAGGCUUAUUACACUACGCACCCCAGUGGUUCUAACCAGUUCUACUUAAGUUUCGGUAUGAAUAACCUUGUCUUGACGAACAGCAGCUGCAAAUAUGCUAAUCGUCACUUCCGUACAGCAUUCUUCUUCCUAGUGGCUUCUCUCCGGACAAAUGCCACGUUUGCCUUGGUGUUCUUCUUCAUCGAUCUCGCGUUCAUCAUGCUGAUGGCCAGCUAUUGGACCCUGGCAGAAGGCAAGACAGCUAACUAUUGCUGGAAAAUGUCAAAAGGCAAGCAGGCUGCUGGAGUAUUCGUCUUUGUGUUCUGCGUGUUCGGCUGGUAUUUAUUCUUCACAAUGAUACUGCUCGCGGUGGAUUUUCCACUGAAUCUCCCAACUGGAGAUCUGAGCACCAAGAUCAAGGGCGCAUCAGAGAAGAAGACAUCCAAAGCGGACGCAUAG